UCCCAGCUGGUUUUGUCUUUUGACUUCCAAGAUUACAACCCCUGUAUACUGGUUUCACGAUGAAUCGCUUCCGCACGGUCUUCCCGACCGUGAAUCGCGAACUACUGAACUGGUUCCCCGGCCACAUGGGUAAGGGAAUAAAACAGAUGCAGCAGAAGCUGAAAGAGGUUGACUGCGUUAUCGAGGUACACGAUGCCCGGAUCCCACUUUCCGGACGCAAUUCCGAGUUCCGAUACACAAUCAGUGGCGUGAAGCCGCACGUUUUAGUGCUCAAUAAAAAGGAUACGAUCGAGAGACGAGCUCAGCGCGGGAUAGUGGAACGAAUUUUGCGGGAGGAUUCCGACGCUAGACAUGUGCUGUUUACAAAUUGUAAGGAUCAAGCAUGCGAAGGCAUUCGCAAGGUAAUGCCUCUGGCGCAGGAUUUAAUUCUGAGUUCGAAUCGUUUCAAUAGAUCCGACAAGAAGGAGUACUGCAUAAUGAUUAUCGGAGUUCCGAACGUAGGCAAAUCUUCGCUUAUCAACGUCUUACGAAACCGUCAUCUAAAUAAGAAAGCAGCUUCCCAGGUAGGAGCUGUGGCUGGAAUCACCCGGAGCGUAUUGCAUAAGAUAAAAAUAUGCGAAGACCCGUUAGUAUACCUGUUGGAUACUCCGGGCAUUCUGAAACCAAACAUUGCUGACAACGAGACGGGCCUCCGAUUGGCACUCGUAUCUUGCUUGCAAGAUCAUCUGGUUGGGGAAGAACUGAUCGCAGAUUAUCUGCUGUAUUUGAUGAAUAAGCGGAACAACUUUAAGUAUGUAGAGGUGAUGGGGUUGAAAGAACCGUCCGAUUCGAUAGCUGAAGUUUUGGUUGCUGGGGCACAGCAUCUGAACCGAUUCAUUCGGAUACGAAACUAUGAUGGUACGAUGGUAGAGCGUCCAGAUGUUACGCUUUCCGCUAGACACAUGAUAAAAGCCUUUCGAACUGGUGUUUUUGGUAAAAUGUUAAUUGAUAGUGAUAAAAUUGGUUGAUUGGAAGAUUCACCUGCAUGGGAGUAGAUAAUUUUUAAAUAAUCUUAAAAUCAGAUAAAUAUGUAUCAUAUCACU